AUGUUCUCUUCAGAUAAAAAACCAAAGGUAUUGAACGUUGGAAUUAUUGGAACCGGUAUUUUUGCCACAGAAACUCAUUUGCCAACAGUCAAAUCAAUACCAACAUUAAAAGUGGUUGCUUGUUUCAAUCGUACAAAGAAAAAAGCUGAGGAGUUUGCUAAGAAAGCUAAUAUUGAUCCCAAAAAUGUUCACAACUCUAUUGACGAGCUUUUUGCAAAUCCAGAGGUUGAUAUUAUUGAUGCUUUAUUACCAGUUGAAUGCAAUCUAUCCAUUGUCGAAAAAGCAAUCCAGUAUAAUAAACCAUUAUGUUUUGAAAAGCCAAUUGCAAAUAAUUUAGAAAGUGCUGAAAAAAUUGUUGAGUUGUGUAAAAAUUCUAAAAUGCCAAUUUUAGUUUUAGAAAAUUUUAUUUACCAUAAAGCUGUUGAAAUAGUUAAGAAAAAUUUAAAAAAGAUUGGUGAUCUUAUUGCAUUUACCUACAAUUCAACUGGCCCAUUCAAUGAAGAUAAUAAAUACUUGAAUACAUCAUGGAGGCAACAUCCAAAUCAUAUUGGUGGGUUUUUAAGUGAUGGUGGUGUUCAUCAACUAGCUUAUCUUACUGAAAUCCUAGGACAAAUUGAAUCAAUAUCCGCACAUACAAAACAAGUUAGAAAAGAAUCAGGCACUGAUGAUAUUUUGUUUUCUUCUCUCAAAUUGAAAAAUAAUGAUGUUAUUGGCACAUUUACUUAUGGUUCAGCGUUUGGCGCUACAUCAAAAUCAACUUAUUUAAAAGUCUAUGGAACUAAAGGUACAUUAUUUUUCGAUUUCUCGCCUAAAAAUGAACUCCCAAUAAUCAAAUUGAAAUUAGGAGAAUAUGUUAAAGAUUACAAAAAAGAAGAAAUCAUCGAGAUUAAUAAUAAAGAAGAUCGCUCCGGGGUCAAAAGUGAGUUUUUGAAUUUUUAUGAAAGUGUUAUAAAUAAUGAUAAAUCAUUGCUUAAAAGUACCCCGGAAAAGACUUUCCAUCAUUUGGCAGUAAUUGAUGCUGCUUUGAAAAGCAGUGCUGCUGAUGGUGCUUCAGUUAAAGUCGAAUGUCUUGCUUGA